AUGGUCCGGCCUAUUGCUGUCAUUCGGGAAACAUGGAAUAUCUACACGCCUGUCGAGCGCAGGAACAUCGCCAUGUACAUCGCUGGCAUAAUGAUGUACAAGUUCGGACUCGAGGCUUUCAACGGAUCUGUUAUUGCGCUUGCGACUAAUCGAUACGAUGAUCUUGGCGAGAAGACGCAUACUUCCAUCACAUUCCAACGUGUGGGUGUGUUGACGGGACUUAAUCAGGCCUUUCAGUGUGUCGGUUCAAUCCUAAUCGCUCCACUCAUCAGAAGAUAUCCAACCAAGAACGUUUUGGCUUGCGCAGUGCUCAUAUUCGCCCUCAUGAGCAGUCUUCUACUGAUUCUGGAUGCUGCAACUGGCGGCAGAUUCGCGCCGCGCGGAUGGCCGGAUGAUGACUUUAGUUACUACGGUGACUACAACACGGACGCCAUGAUACCUAUUUAUUGCGUCUGCGGUAUAGUUUAUGGCAUGGUUGAAUUGAUCCGACGAGUUAUCCCUCGAGAUUUGGUUGGCGGCCACAUUCAGAAACUCCGACGAAUGGACUCUCUAGUCCACAUCUUCUACGAGAUUAGCGGUACUGCUGGCGCAUUUUGCACAGCACUCGCACUCAUUCCUCGCUUCGGCAACAACUUCAGCUUCAUCAUCACCCCCAUCUUUUUCGCCGCCGCAUCAAUACUCUGGUACUUCAUCCAAGAAGCUAGCAUGCCGAAAGAGAAUACGUCUUUGAUCUCAGAGAGCCAACCGGCUUAUGUUAAAGCCGUGAUAAACGGCUUCUACCUUUUUUUCGAGUCGAUCGGAACUGGUGCUAAGAUUAUCUUCACACACCGCAAGUUUAUCUGGCUGUUGCCUGGAUAUGCCGUUGCACUCUACGCGCACCGAUAUCUUGAGAACGCGAUCGCUCCUGCAGUAGCACGACGCUACUUUGGCAACUCGGCCUGGUCACAGAUUAUAGUGGGAGGUUCAAACUUUGGCGAACUUCUGGGAGCCUUGUUCGUGUUCAUGUUCACCAACUUGGUACACACUCCGAUACCAUGGCUGCGGCUAGACGCACUGGCUUUGCUGAUAGUUUGGUACCUGCCGUACUGGAACCCCCCAAAGGACGAUGUCGCCCAAGCUUGGAUCGUAGGAGCCACAUUCCUCCCCAUCAGUUUUGGGUGGGCUGCCGGAGACGUAUCGCUGGCCGCAUACAUCCAGGCAUCGCUAGCACGCAUCGAAUCGAAGACGCAAAACGUAUCCGCACUCGGAGCCGUCAUGGCGUUCCUAUAUAGCACAUACAUUGUCACUUACGCAAUCGCAUCUGCUUCCCUCGGUACAUACAUCGACCGCGUUUCGGAUCGCCACAAUGACCAGAUUCACGGGGCUAUACUGAAUGUAGGCGCCGUACAGUUUACCAUAAUCUGCGUGCUGGUCAUGACAAGCACAUUUGUCCCAAAGGGCGCCUUUUCACUCAACCCAGAAAUGCUGAACGAGGAAGACUUGGACACUGAUCUAGAGGAUGAGGACUUGGAGUAUGUGCCUGGAGUUCAUGCCAAAGGCAAACAAAGCUACGAAAGUCACGAGAUGCCCAAUGGACCAUCCAAUAACGACAGGAAUGAGGGCCGGGGGCCGCUGAGUAGAACAUGGCCACAGCUGUUCAAGAAGAGGAGGAGAUAUAGUCCGGUUAGAGAGAGCGCCCAGCAGCAGCAGCAGCAGCAGCAACAACAACAACAACAACAACAACAACAACAGCAGCAACAGGUGCAACACCUACAACAGAUGCAGACACAACCACCGCAAAUACAACCACAACAGCAGCCAGUGCAGUUGCCGAUACAUCCUAUCCGCCCCUUGAAAUCACCAUCAGUAGCAACACAAUCAAUCACAUCACCAACAGUAUCUUCAAUAAGGUCUCCAUCAAUAGCGACAGACAAUGCGAGUACGAUUUCCUCAAUAUCACAUGCAUCAUCCGCACCGCCACCAAACAAGGUCGCCAUCGCGAGAAGAAGCAGCAGCAUCGUUCCGGCCGACAGCAAUGGAGCCGGAGGUGUAACAACCCCCCAGGCAGACCUUCUAGCUUCGAAAUCAAACUACGAGCUUAUCUCUUCUGGCCAACACCUAGAGAUGGGUCUGCACUUUAGCACCGCCAUGGCCACAGGCGUAAUGAUGAAGCGCGCCACCCACCGCGCCGCAGAACAGGCGCGCCGUGACAGGAUGAAGAACGCCAUGGUGGACCUUGCGGAAUUUCUCCUCGAUGGUGAAGUUACUUUUGGCAGUGGCACUACGUGUUUUGUUGUCAUGCGAGGAAAAGAUGGUGAGGACGGCAGCGAAAAAACCUCGACAGACGAUGCCAGUAAUGGGAAAAGUGGGAAAGGUGUGCCACCUGGGGAUUCUGUGCCGGGAGAGAAGAAGACGGUCAACAAAGCGAGGUUGAUUGAAAUGGCGCUCGAGAAGAUGAAGGCACAGGAAAAAGAGAUUGAGAUAUUGAGGAAGGAGAUCGAGGAUCUGAGGACAGAAGACAAGAUGGAUGUGUCGUAG